AUGUUCAUGGAGCGAAGACCCAAUUUCGACCGUGUUGACGAGGAGACAAAAUUCUGGGCCAAAACUGGUGCUUGGUUUUUAGGUCCAAAAGGUGACAAUGCAGCAAUUUUCAAGGAUCUCGUCAAUGACGCUAUUGACAAGCAUAUUCUAUUCAGGCGAAGCUACUACCCAUGUGACCCACAUUUUGUUACAGACGAGAUGCGCGAGGCUGAAUCUUUUAAAGAUGCCAUCAACAAGACGAAGAAUGAACUGCACAAUAUCCAAAAAGAACUCAUCAAAGCUGUGCCAUUCUUCACACCAAGAUAUAAGAGUCACGUGGGUGAGGAUACUGUGAUGUCUGCAAAUCUUGGUUAUCUAACAGGAUUGUUGUUCAAUCAAAAUAACUGUGCUGCAGAAGCUUCUUCUGUUACUACAAAAUACGAGUUGGAAGUAGGAGAAGAUCUUUGCAAGAUGGUAGGUUUUGAUCCUGAGAAAGCCGGGGGACAUCUUGUUACAGGUGGUACUCUAGCAAACAUCGAGUCUAUGUGGGCAGCUCGCAACGUCAAGUAUUACCCACUGGGACUACAAGAUGCCAUCAGGAAUGAAGACAUGCUUGCUAAAGCAAAAGCCGAUUUUACAGUUUACUUGCCACACAAAGAUGACCAUGUGAGAAUUGUGGACGCCACGAAUUGGGAGCUCAAUGAUGGAGUGAUGCAAUAUCUCCGUGAAAUUGGACCAGACAUCAUGAUGCCCGGUUUCUCCAUCAACAUAAAAGGCAACACUGAUGUCAACUUAGUGAACGACAUAGUUCAAGCUGUCUUCAAAGACCUGUGCAUGUCUGAUGACCGAGUCAGCGCUUUUAGAUUCCCAAUGGUAGUUACAGCAUCUACGAAAAAGCACACAAAACACAGUUCAGCAUUGAAAGAGUUCAAGAAGAGACUUGGGAUUGAUAGUUAUGACACAACCGGUGUCAAGUUCAUCAUGACAACAUGYAUGAAUGCCUACGGCACCACCAUGGAUUUCGCUGGAGAACUGGCAGSCAGUUUUAGGAAUGUUAUUCUGUAUUCUAUUGGAACAGUGACUGAUCCAAGCGCUCAUCAUGACUUUGUGACAACCGGUGCCUUGGACAAGAAUAAACAAAUGGUCAUGUAUUAUGCAGGACGAUUCCCUAACGUCUCUCAUCAAUACCACGCUAUAGCCAAGUGCCAGUUCAUCAACGAAACKGAUGGAGAUGUUGCAGUAGAGGGAGCAGCACAGCGAGGAGGACCAUUAGUGCUUCGUGGAGUGGAACCUAAUCGUGUUCAUGAUAUGCUGUUGUAUGAUUUUGAUGAGGGAGAUUCAGGUCGACAURAGCCUAAAGUUGUGGUUUACUGUUUCUCCGGUAUCCCCAAUGCAGAAAGCAAAUCAUUUAUGAAAACCAACAUAAGASUUGUGGAUGUGGCAAGGUUUGACCACUUUGAUCUUAACAUUACCGGCUACCCUGAAAAUAGCAGGUACUUCCUCUAUGGAAACAACGAGAAGGCCUAUAUUUCCCACAUUCCUGUCAAGAAACCAGAUUUUCUUCAGAUUGCGGAGCUAGAGGCCAUCCCAGCUGGUGUUUCAAAGCUGUUGGUUAAUUUCGGAGUAGAGAUCGAGAUGCCUUUCAGUGGAAAUCCAGUUGGUACYGAUGGCCAGAUUGAAGAUCCCUUAACUGAUGAUAGUUAUUUAGUGUCAUUUACUGGGGAAGGUGGCAAGGAGCAAACUGCUACCAUCAAAAUUGGCCAAAAGAUUUUAUUCGAACAGAAUUUGAUCAAUGGAAGGUAGACAGGCAUGGCACUCUGAUGUCUUGGAAAUUGUCCAGCUAGAAAGUCACUUGUUAUCAAUUUAGACUAGCAAUUUGAAUCAUAUUAUGGCGUAACUUUUAUCAUAAUUCGUCUAAAAUUUUCACACAUAUUUGUAAUACCACUAAUAACAAGGUUCAGAAAUAUUUUAGAG